AUGUCCUCAUCACUGACCACCACAUCCCAAACUGCAACCAUUGAGAGCACACUGCUAAAACAUGGCACACUUAAUGGAGUUGUUUCCAAUACAAAGACUAACUGUUCUCCACACGACAGUCAUAGCAAUGGCAACAGUAGUAGUAGCAGCAGCAGCAGCAGCAACAACAACAACCAUUAUGAUCAUCCCCUACAUAUUUUGCAUUCGCCUCUUGUGCUCGAUAAUUAUGGAUCUUUAAGUUCGUGUGCGCAUCUAGACAAAGUCUUGCAAUCGCGUGCCAAAGAUACCGUUUUUGAAACUUAUCGACAAGCAGUACUCAUAUCCCAGCCAAUAAAGGAUACUUAUACGUAUAAAGCCAGAAAUGGUGGUGGAGAUGUGAUUGAUCGCGCGGAGCUACAAAGAAAGCAACUCCUGGCCUUGAAAUGCACAGACUGCGGCAACUCUCAGUUUCAGGAAGUGUUGAUCUGUCUACAAUGCCCUCAAGUGAGCUGUAGUCAACAUUCGCAUGGUCAUUAUAAUGAGCUGCUGCACAUGUUUGCUAUUGACUCAAAACUCGGUUUACUUUAUUGUCUCAAAUGCGAUGGGUAUGUCAACAGCAAAAGAUUAAAUGAUAUCCGAUGCGAGGUAAUGGGAGUGCAUUCACUACAAAGUAUAGAGGAAAAGGCAGAUGACAAAAAUGAUGUUGAUCUAAAACAAGAGAUUGGAAAAGGCUCAGAAGAAAAUGGAGUGAAAGAGAACAGAAGCAACCAAAAUUUUAUCAACCCUAAUAUGUUGGCCACCAUGGGUCUCAAGGGGUUCGUUAAUUUGGGAUCAACGUGUUUUAUGAGUUCUAUUCUUCAAACAUUUAUCCAUAACCCAAUAAUCAGAACCCAGUUCUUCAAUAACGACAACCACUAUUUCAACUGUAAGCUUCUACAUGAUCAAGAAGUUCAAGGUUCACUUCAUGAAGGAAACGCGUGUAUUACAUGCAGCAUAGAUAAGAUCUUUAAAGAUUUCUUCACUAUGCAGAAUACUGAAGGAUACGGGAUGACAUACCUCCUUGCGACAGCCUGGUAUAAGCAAAAGUCACUUGCUGGUUUUCAAGAACAAGAUGCACACGAGUUUUGGCAGUUUCUUUUGAAUGAGUUUCACCUGGAUCACGCCAGAAUCUCUUCUGUAGAAAAAGUUUGCUCGUGUAUCAGUCAUAUUUGCUUUGGAUUUGAAUUGCAGAGUUGUGUCAGGUGUGAAUGUGGUGCAGAGAAUAUUACUGUUGAUCCACCUACAUUUGAAAUGUCUCUAGAGCUUACUCUGGAAAAGGAAAACUCCAACUCGAUCACAGUGGGCGGAUGUCUUGACUCAUUCACCAGGGAGGAGAUCUUGGAUACUAAAAUUUCGUGCAAAUCGUGUCUUAAAGAAUCUGGAGCAUCAAGAACACUUCGCUUAAAGACAACCCCGCCAGUUCUUUCUAUCCAACUCAAGCGGUUCAAUCAUAGUAUUUCCAACGAUAAAUCAUCCAAAGUUGAAGCUGUAGUAGAUGUGCCAUUAUUCUUGGACAUGAACAAAUACACAAUCAAUGAGCAAGCAGAUAACAAUAGUAAACCAAUUCUAUAUGAGCUUUUUUCUGUUGUUUGCCAUUUGGGACUGGUCAACACUGGGCAUUAUAUUGUAUACACAAAGAACAGUCAAGGCCGGUGGUUUAAGUUUGAUGAUAGCGUUAUCACCAUAGAAGAUGAGACUUCUGCAAUUUCAGCUAUCAGAUCAACCGGCUAUCUUUUGUAUUACAUUUUGCAUAACGUCUAA